AUGAGCAUAAAUUGCAGCAUAAACCUCAAAGAAAACGAUAUUAAUGAAAAUAAAAAUAUUGUUGAGAAUAGUAAUGUUGCUGUAGUUGAUUGUUGCCAAUCACCUAGUUAUUCGGCUACUAACAAUUUUUUGAAUGUAUCACAUCCAAUGGUUAGGCAAUCCUCUGAUACUACACAGAAUCGGCGAGGUAGAAAGCUAAGUCGAGCAUCUGCCUUUGAUAAUGGUGAACCUGGUACUUCUACCACAGGUGGAACUCAGCGAGAUAGGCCUGCUACUUCUUGUCUUGGACAGAAUGAGGUGUUUUAAAUUACAUUAAAAUUUACUUCGAUUUUCUCUUUCGUUUUCUCUGUUGGGGUUAAAUCGGGGUUAAUCUUGAAUGAAUACUUGAUUAAAUACCCAAUACAAUACUAACAUACUGGGUAUGGAAGGUAGGGAGAAAGAGCUGCCAAAGAGAUACCCCUAUUUAAUAUACACCUUAUUGUAUCCAACCUUCCCUGAUCUAAUACUGGCGUUUGCAUCGAUAAUUUUCCAGACUCGAGUCCAAGACUUAACCCCAAGUUAAAGAGAAAGUGCUUUGAUCCGGAUAAUUCAUUCAAUAGUGUGUCG